CGAUUUUAGUUCAUUCAAAGGAAAACAUGAAGUGGUUUAUUGUCGUUUUUAUUUGCAUCAGCCUCGAGCACGAAAUGCUAGUAGAAUCGAAACGUUCGAUUCCCUGUAGCAGUUUCAGUCGCAAUUUGAAUGAUUACACUAUCAAUUAUCAGCCAUUGUUGGAUGAGUGCACUGCGCAGGCAUUUAAAGAGCCAGCCGCCGUUGAAAAGCUCAAGAAACACAAUAGCGAUGUGUACAAAGUAGUGUCCGACAUGAGACAAUAUACAGCAUACAAUCGACGCCUCUUGAAUUCUAAUCGGUUCAGUCGACAAGAACAGACAAAAAUAUUGCAAAAUCAAUUUGCAGCGAUAAAAAAAGCCAACGAAGAAUACAAAACUACGCAACAAACAUCGUUGACGCAAAUCGAUCAGUUGGUAGCACAAUUAGAUCCAACGCAAGCCAUGCAAACGUGCCGAGAUACAAUUCUAACGGCAAAUAUCCAAAUGACUGUAACGGCCAACGAAUUGAUCGAUCUUCCGAAUCAACUGUGUGACCAGUUCAAAGCAACACUCGAUACAUUCAACACGGCAUUGGGAAAGGCAUACACUUUGAUCGGUGCACCUAUUCCGGCAUAAAAAAAUACAUGGAUAUUGAUGAAUUACAACGAAAAUUUUACUUCACCUAAUUACACUUCAAUCAGUUGCAUUGAUUCAAUUCAGGGGAACUAAGGUCGAUAAAAUAUAAACAAAAUAAAAAUAAAUGCCGAAUUUGUUCAGAAGAAUAAAAAAAACGAGUCUUUU